AUGUCGAGAGCAGUGAUUCAGGGUGUGAAGAACUACAGUAUUCGCCGGAGUGCAGAGUACCGGGCACUGCAGAGUAGCUUCCCUGGGACUAUUUGUGAGCUAUGGGUCGCACCGUACUACGAUGGGCACCAACUGUUACGCGAUUGUAGCAUGUUCGAUAAAGUAUUUUGGACUUUUCCAUCCUGUGUCGAGGCUUUCAAGCAUUGCAAGCCAUUUGUUUUCGUUAACGGCACGCAUCUGUAUGGCAGAUAUAGUGGGGUGUUACUUAUAGCGGUGGCACAAGAUGGCAACAACAAUAUCCUACCUAUUGGUUUUGCCAUUGUGAAGUCUGAGAGUACCAAGUCGUGGUCCUUCUUCCUAACUAAUCUGAGAUUCCAUGUCACCCAACAGGAAGGUCUGCUGGUUAUCUCUGACAGAUCGCAGGCUAUUAUGGCCGCACUUAGUGCCGAUGAUAGUGGUUGGCAUCCUCCGAAGGCGUUUCACGCUUACUGUAUUAGACACAUGACCGCUAAUUUCAUGACUCAUUUUAAGUCGGCCGAGGGCAAGAGAUAUCUUAUAAACACUGCUUACAGUCCAAGCAAGGAUGUGUAUGAGUGGUAUAUUGAUGCCUUGAAAGGAAUUUCUCCAGCGAUGAUGGACUGGGCUGGUCGUUUCAACAAAGAGAUAUGGCUCCAACACUGCGACAGUGGUAGGCGGUUUGGUCACAUGACUACCAAUCUGUCCGAAUGCAUCAAUGACGUCCUAAAGGGUACACGAUACUUGCCGAUUUUUGCCAUCGUACGCAUAAUAUACGAACGAUUGCAGAAGUUGUUCGUCACAAAGGGCAGGGAGGCACAGUCACAGCUGGCUGCUGGAAAACGCUUCUCCCAGAAGCUGCUGACAGCCAUUGAGAAGAAUAGAGAAGGCAUCCCGAAGAUGUGUGUUACUCAUUGUGAUAGGCGGGCUACUGUUUUUGUCGUGGAGUAG